AAGGAGAAGAAAAAGAAGGAGAGUAUUUUGGACCUCUCCAAAUACAUUGACAAAACAAUCCGGGUGAAGUUCCAAGGUGGGCGAGAAGCAAGUGGUGUCUUGAAAGGAUUUGACCCUCUUCUGAACCUUGUGCUUGAUGGUACCAUUGAAUAUAUGCGAGAUCCAGAUGAUCAAUACAAAUUAACAGAGGACACACGUCAGCUGGGACUUGUGGUCUGCAGAGGGACAUCUGUGGUUCUUAUUUGUCCACAGGAUGGAAUGGAAGCUAUUCCAAACCCUUUCAUUCAGCAGCAAGAUGGCUAAUGCUUUCUCUGGUUUGUCUCUAAGACUUCUCCGAUGAUCUGCACCCUUGGAAAACUGUCAGUGUGUGAGAAGCUUCCUGGUUUGGGGGAGGAGUUUGAAUGUGUAUUUGUUAUUGUGAAAGAAUGGUCAACUUUUAUUUUUGUGGCUUCCCAUAAAUGAUGAGAGAAUGGGCCAUGAUGUGUAAGAAGUAAGUUCUGAUUUUUAUUUUUGUUUUCCUCAAAUAAAUGUGUAACUGUUGUUUAGAGCUGACAGAAGAGAAUAGACUGUCAUGGAAUUGUCUGAGACCCUCUUGAUCUUGUGAGUUUUGAAACAAC